CUUUAUUUCUAUCAUACAUUGCUGAACACCGCCCACACCUGUCACAUGACCAUCCUCACAGGUCCUUCGUCCACAAUCUCGUCAAUCCUGCUGAGCUCCGCCCUCAAAUGUACUGGUCACAUGAUUGUGGCAUCAUCACAGGUCCUACACCUCCAGCAUCUAGUAGAUACAAAGCAGGUCCUUGUCGGAAGUCACUGAGGAGCAGAGAUCUCCACACAACACAACAGCAGAGACUGCCCGACCAGCUUUGUAUCUGCUAGACGGGGGAGCAGUAGGACCUGUGAAGGUGUCACAAUCAUGUGACUAGUACCUGUGGGGGCGGAGCUCAGCAGGAUAGGAGAGAUUGAGUAUGAAGGACCUGUGAGGAUGGUCAUGUGACAGGAGUGGGCGGGGCUCAUCAGUGCAUGAUAGAAAUAAAGGCUAAGGCUCCUCCUCUUCUCCAGGACUAUCCCCUCCAGCUGACCCAGUUGUCUCCUCUUCUCCCGAAUGAUCCCCCAAGGAUGGACAAGGACAGGAAUGAGAUGACUAAGAGAAUAUUACACUUCACCUUGGAGAUCCUCCACCUGCUGACCGGAGAGGAUUACACCAUAGUGAAGAAGACAUGGGGGGAGUGUUUGGGCCCCAGCAGCCAUCUCCAUGAGUCAGGAGGACAGAGCAGGGCCUGGGGCCCCAUCACGGAGCCUCCACCUCACUCACUGAUACAUGAGGAGAAGAUCCUAGAACUCAUCCACAGGAUCACUGAGCUGCUGACUGGAGAGGUUCCUAUAAGGUGUCAGGAUGUGGCGGUCUAUUUCUCCAUGGAGGAGUGGGAGUAUGUAGAAGGACACAAGGAUCUGUACCAGGACAUAGUCAUGAUGGAGGAUCACCGGCCUCUCACAUCACAAGAAAAUCUCAGAAAAUAUUCUGAAGAAAACUUCAUGUUAUCCCUGAAUGAUAAAGUAGAAGAUGAAGAUAUGAUGGAGCGCUCCUCAGGAGAAGACCUCCUUACCCCUAAUGUCCAUCCAGAUCUAUCCUGUAAUAAUCCACCUGAUCAUGAGGAACCUUCUCCUGACCAAUCACAGAUCACAAGGACACAUCCUAAACAGAGGAAAAGGUUUCUAAAAAGCUCAAGUCUUUUAACACAGAGAAAGCACACAGGAGAGAAUUUAUAUUCAUGUUCAGAAUGUGGGAAAUGCUUUACAAGUAAAUCAGAUCUGGUUAUACAUGAGAGAAGUCACACAGGAGAAAAGACCCAUUCAUGUUCAGAAUGUGGGAGAUGUUUUGCAUUUAAAUCACAGCUUGUUAAACAUGAGCGCAGUCACACAGGAGAGAAGCCUUAUUCUUGUUCAGAAUGUGUGAAAUGUUUUACAAGUAAAUCAAAUCUUAUUACGCAUGAGAGAAGUCACACAGGAGAAAAGCCGUAUUCAUGUUCAGAAUGUGGAAAAUCUUUUAUUACUAAAGUCAAACUAAGAAAUCACCACAGAAUUCACACAGGGGAGAAGCCAUUUGCAUGUUCAGAAUGUGGAAAAGGUUUCAUUACUAAAGUCAAUCUAAGGAUUCACCAGAGAAUUCACACUGGAGAAAAGCCAUAUUCAUGUUCAGAGUGCGGUAAAUGUUUUACAAAUAGAUCUUAUGUUCUUACACAUGAGAGAAUUCACUCAGGAGAGAAGAGGUAUUCCUGUUCAGAAUGUGGGAAAUGCUUUAUUACAAAUGUUAAACUAAGGAAUCAUCAUAAAACUCACACAGAGGACAAGCCAUAUUCAUGUUCACAAUGCGGGAAAUGUUUUAAAGAUAAAUCAAGUAUUGUUAGACAUGAGAGAAUUCACACAGGAGAAAAGCCCUAUUCAUGUUCACAAUGUGGGAAAUGUUUCGUAAAUCAAUCAGACCUUGUUAGACAUGAGAGAAGUCACACAGGAGAGAAACCUUAUUCGUGUUCAGAAUGUGGUAAAUGUUUUGUGAAUCAAUCAGACCUUGUUAGACAUGAGAGAAUUCACUCAGGAGAGAAGCUACAUUCGUGUUCAGAUUGUGGGAAACGUUUUAUAAAUCAAUCAAAUCUUGUUAGACAUAAACGAAUUCACACAGGAGAGAAGCCAUAUUCGUGUCCAGAAUGUGGGAAAUGUUUUACAAACAAAUCACAUCUUGUUUCUCAUGGGAGAACUCACUCCGGAGAGAAGUCCUUUAGCAGCGUUGACCUUCAUCCGUCUUCCGCUCUUACAGGUUCUGAGUAUCGCUUGAAUUUCGUUCAGCCAGUCACUGGACCGGACUCGUGCCGAGCUCUUCCUCCACCUUUCCCAAACAGAGCGAUGUUUUGCACCAGGGGGCUCCCGCCCAGCGGAGGAGGAAGGAAGACCGAUCUGGAGAAGGAGACCCCGAUAAACCUUCCCUUGUUAGUUGCUCACAUUGGCCUUCUGAUGGCGAACUGCCAGGACAGGAAUGAGAUGACUAAGAGAAUAUUACACUUCACCUUGGAGAUCCUCCACCUGCUGACCGGAGAGGAUUACACCAUAGUGAAGAAGACAUGGGGGGAGUGUGUGGCCCCCAGCAGCCAUCUCCAUGAGUCAGGAGGACGGAGCAGGGCCCGGGGCCCCAUCACAGAGCCUCCACCUCACUCACUGAUACAUGAGGAAAAGAUCCUAGAACUCACCCACAGGAUCACUGAGCUGCUGACUGGAGAGGUUCCUAUAAGGUGUCAGGAUGUGGCGGUCUAUUUCUCCAUGGAGGAGUGGGAGUAUGUAGAAGGACACAAGGAUCUGUACCAGGACAUAGUCAUGAUGGAGGAUCACCGGCCCCUCACAUCACAAGAUGGAGUCAUUGAUAGAAAUCCACCCGAGAGGUGUCCCUGUCCUCUGUAUUCCCAGGACUGUCCAGAGGGAAAUGUCCCAGAGAAGCAUCAGGGGGGAGAUCUGACUAAUAAUAAAGUGGAGGAUGAAGAAGACAGGAUGAGGGGCCAUCACCCGUGUAUGAGAAAAGAGGAGGAAAUUCCAGGAGGUGUUGUCCCAGAAAAUUUGGGAAAGGAUUCCGAAGAAAGCUUCAUGUUAUUGAUCAAUUGUAUAGUAGAAGAUGAAGAUAUGAUGGAGCGCUCCUCAGGAGAAGACCUCCUUACCCCUAAUGUCCAUCCAGAUCUAUCCUGUAAUAAUCCACCUGAUCAUGAGGAACCUUCUCCUGACCAACCUCAGAUGGUUACCAGAAGUAAAGAUAAGAAACUUGUAGAAAAUUUUCUACGUGAUGAAUGUGAAAGAGAGUUUCCAAAAAGCUCAAGUCUUCUUACACACAGAAUUCACUCAGGAGAGAAUUCUUAUUCAUGUUCAGAAUGUGGGAAAUGCUUUAUAAAUAAAUCAGAUAUGGCUAAACAUAAGAGAAGUCACACAGGAGAGUUGCCAUAUUCGUGUUCAGAAUGUGGGAAAUGUUUUAUAAGGAAAUCACAUCUUGUUAGACAUGAGAGAAAUCACACAGCAAAAAAGUCACAUUCAUGUUCAGAAUGUGGAAAAGUUUUUUCAAGGAAAUCACAUCUUAUUACACAUAAGAAAAGUCACACAGGGGAAAAGCCUUAUUCAUGCUCGGAAUGUGGUAAAUCCUUUGUUGCUAAAGACAAACUAAUAAAUCACUACAAAACUCACACAGGGGAGAAGCCAUUUGCAUGUUCAGAAUGUGGAAAAGGUUUUAUUACGAAAGUCAGUCUAAUGACUCACCGAAGAAUUCACACUGGAGAGAAGCCAUAUUCAUGUUCUGUAUGUGGAAAAUGUUUUGCAAGACAAUCAAAUCUUAUUAGACAUAAAAGAAUCCACACAGGAGAGAAGCCAUAUUCAUGUUCAGAAUGUGGGAAACGUUUUACAAACAGAUCACAUCUUGUUUCACAUGAGAAAAUUCACACCGGAGAGAAGCCGUAUUCAUGUUUAGAAUGUGGGAAAAGUUUUGUACAUCAAUCGGACCUUGUAAGACACGAGAGAGUUCACACAGGAGAGAAGCCAUAUUCAUGUGUAGAAUGCAAAAGAGGUUUUGUAACUCAUUCAGAGCUCGCUAGACAUGUGAGAAUUCACACAGGAGAGAAGCUAUGUUCAUGUUCAGAAUGUGGGAAAUGUUUUGUAAAAAAAUCGAAUCUUGUCAGACAUAAAAGGAUUCACACAGGGGAGAGGCCGUUUUCGUGUUCAGAAUGUGAGAAGUGUUUUAGAAACAAAUCACAUCUCGUUUCGCACGAGAGAAUUCACACAGGAGAGAAGCCGUAUUCAUGUUCAGUGUGUGGGAAAUGUUUUAUACAGCAAUCAAAUCUGAUUUCGCAUGAGAGAAUUCACACUGGAGGGAGGCCACUUGGCAAGGUUUCAGUAUCCUGACAUUUUACAUAUUAUUAAUGUUUUAAUUAACCAUUUAUAUUUUUAUAAACAGUUAAUAGAUCCCAUUGUAUGUUAGAUAUAUUACAUGUAUGUCAUGGUUUUAAUUUUGUUAAUAAACUAUUAUA